AUGGAUAGAGAAGGCCUUCCUCUUUCUGCUUGGUCGGCUGCUGCCUUCAUGAAGGUAGCUUCUAUUUUUGGUAGGGUUCUAUAUGUAGAUGAAGACUUGGACGAACAUAUGUCGAGUGGGAAAGUGUGUAUUGUUGCACCUGUUUCUGGUUAUAUAAAGGAUCACCUCCUAGUAACGAUUGAAGGUCUCAAAUAUAAUAUACAUGUUAAAGAGAUUGUUGAGUGGUGCCCUGAUAUUGAAAGAUUUUAUCAUGUGGUGCAAGAUGAAUCGAAUGGAAAUGAAGAUAAGGCUCAGCAUGAAGAAAAAGAGAGCUCUGAUGAGAAUAGUAUAGAUGGGGGCGAAGAUGGAGAUUGCAAUGGAUUCCUAUCUGAUGAAGUUCCAAAAGAAGAUGGUUUGGGUAAUGAUAAGUAUGAGGGGUUCAAAGAACGGGUUGUGGAAGAUGUUUCAGUAAGACGGAAGAUCAUAUAA